AUGCAUCCCUUUACUUUAUUUUGUUGGAUUCUGGCUUCGGUUGUUGCAGCGCACAAGCCCAGAUUGCCCCCAUUUCCAAAACUGGUGGCAUAUCCCAAAGCGCCCUGCAACUUCCGCGUCCCUCACGGCCCAAAUCGCCACAAGAUUUGCACCGUCAAGUCCGGGCUUGAAGAUGCUGGGCCUGAGAUCCUGACAGCCGCCAAAAAGUGCAACAGGGGUGGCACUGUCUACUUUCCUGAAGGCGUGUACACCAUCGCCACUGCGCUUGACCUCACCUUCUUGGACCACAUCGACUUUGCCAUCUUUGGCACCAUAUACUUUAAAGACGACGUUACAUAUUGGCCGGGCAAGACCUUCCAAUACCCCUACCAAACUGUCAACCUCUUUUGGCGAUUCGGUGGUUCAAACGUCAACAUCUACGGUGGCGGCCAGGGUACCAUUGAUGGCCACGGCCAGACUUACUGGAAUGCCAUGGUCACCGAUAAGAAUGUCUUACGGCCGACUCUAUUUGGCACAGACGGGCUUCACCAAUCCACUAUCACCGGGCUCACGAUGAGGAAUGGUCCAGGCUGGUUUAACUUUAUUUCUAAUUCCUCCAACAUCCUAAUUAGCGACAUUUUCUUGGAUACCGUGCAGACGAACGCGUCUGCCCCGGCUAAAAAUACCGAUGGAUGGGAUACUUACCGUAGCAGCAACAUCGUUAUCCAAAACUCUAAGGUUAUCAAUACGGAUGACUGCGUAUCCUUCAAACCGAACUCUAGCUCGGUUAUCAUUCAGGGACUCGACUGCACUGGCUCUCAUGGCAUAUCAGUCGGCAGUCUUGGUCAAUACGCUGACCAGACUGACAUUGUCGAAGAUAUUUACGUUUAUAAUAUCACGAUGACCGGGGCCACAGAUGGUGCUCGCAUUAAAGUCUGGCCCGGCAUUCCUCCUAAUAGCGGUGUUAAUGAUCAGGGUGGCGGUAGCGGCAGAGUUCGCAACGUGACAUAUGAGCUUUUCCACAAUGUUGGUAACGAUCAUGCCAUUGCGAUCACUCAGUGCUAUUCUAGUAAGAAUCAAUCCGCGUGCGAUGAGUAUCCGGCCAAAUUGGAGAUUGAAGAUGUCACGUUCCUAGACUUUACUGGAACCACAAACAAAAGAUAUGCCCCACGGGUCGGCGAGCUUAUCUGUAGCUCUCCCGAUGUCUGCACAAAUAUUGUUGCCCACAAUAUUGAUGUGAGCCCUCCUGGAGGCGUCAAGGGCUAUUUCACGUGCCAUAACUUGGGUGAUUCGGACCUUGACAUCAACUGUCAGGGUGUUUAG